CAUAAUCAUGUGCCGUAGGUAAACCUUACCAUUGGGAGAAUCCGUUACAAUCAUGAUCCGCAUCGCUCGACUUCCCAAGACGAGUCUAACAGGCUUCCGACGAGCCGACGUUCGUCGCGUGCGCCAAACCAAUCUCCGGAUUGCAGCAUCCCAUUCGGUCAAGGCGUGUUGUCGUGCACGCUUCCACAGUUCGGUUGCGACGACAGCCGUAGAGAGGGACGGAUUCGACCAAAAUGGAACACAGGCGGAAAUCCAGAGACUCCAGCACGUACGGAACGUUGGAAUCUUUGCGCACGUGGAUGCUGGCAAAACAACCGUCACGGAACGGAUGCUCGCGUUGGCCGGGAUUGUCAAACACGCUGGCUCCGUCGAUGACGGUAACACCGUGACAGACUAUCUACCUGCGGAACGGGAGCGUGGAAUUACGAUUCAGAGUGCGGCAAUUUCCUUUGAAUGGGGAUGGCACAACAAUCGAUCGGGGGACGACUUCGACGCGAACGAUAACGUGACGAUUGCACUGAUUGAUACGCCGGGGCAUGUAGACUUUUCCGUCGAGGUCAAUCGGAGCGUCGCUGUCUUGGAUGGUGCCGUCCUGGUCGUGGAUGCCGUCGCGGGCGUCCAGGCACAAACCGAAACCGUCUGGAGGGCCAUGACGCGUCCGUCAUUGAACAACCACGCUACCACCGAAGAAGUCCGCGAUACUUCGCGUAGACUGUCGAAUCAGAACGAUCACGCACACGAACCGUUGCCGUGUCUCGCCCUCGUUAACAAAAUGGACAAGGACGGCUGUCACUUUGGGAACGCGAUAAAUUCAAUCAAGCAAAAGCUACCAGGGGCCAACCCCAUUCCAACACAAAUUCCGAUUUUCCAGUCGAGUAACAAGAUCCCUACCAGCUCUUUGUUUUCCCGCAAUCUCGUGGCUGUGCCGGUGGACGACCUCUCGGCAGAAACUGGACAAUUUGUCGGCGUGGUAGAUCUUGUGCACAUGCGUGCAAUUGUGUGGCCCGAUCACGUCGGCAACGUGUCGAACGUGGAAGAGUGCGUUCCGCAAGUGCUACCUCUCCUGAAAACCGGAACCCGGCAACCCAUCGACGAAACAUGCCAUAUUACCAAAGCAGCCAUGGAUGCUCGCCAGGAGUUCAUCGAGGCCAUGGCCGAAUGUGACGAACGCAUUGAAGAGUUCUACUUAAAUGAGCAACAGCCCAGUAACGCUGAGCUUCGUGCAGCGUUAAGACGAGCCACCUUGGCGCAAAAGGCCCUCCCCGUCAUGGCUUCGGCUGCUCUUCGGGGACGCGGUGUGGAGCCAGUUUUGGAUGCGAUUGCCGAUCUGUUGCCGUCACCACUGGACCGUCUUCCACCAGCUUUGACACUACUAGACGAAGGCAUGGCUCCAACCAAAUCAAACGCGACUGCUCGCACUCCUGGAAAACGCGUAACUAUUGGACACCCACUACACCCUACGCUGCUAGCGUUGGUGUUUAAGGUUGUUCACAUGAAAGGACGUGGAGGCAGUGGUGAUGGGCGUGUAGUUUUUGCUCGGGUAUACUCUGGUGAACUGCGUGAUCGCGACACGGUGCAAGUCAUUUCUCCUCCCGUGUUAGGCGAGCCUGCACAAAAACCGCGGACGGAACGUAUUGGUGGAAUGCUCGAGCUGGCGGGUGGUACUUUUGGUAAUCUACAGGAAGGCGUCUGCAAAAGUGGCGAUGUUUGCGCUUUGGUAAAUCUUAAAAGUGUGGCCACUGGGGACACCAUAAUGGUCGCGCCUAGGAAACAAAAGAAGGGAAAAAAAGUCGAACCUCUGUUCUGUCUUUCCGGAGUGGCCUCACCAAAGCCCGUACUGACGGUGCGCUUAGAGGCGGAGUCGACGGAAAAGCAAACCCGCUUAUCGGAAGUGCUCACGCUUUUGUCGAUAGAAGAUCCGAGUCUCGUCGUCGAAGAAAAUGAUUCGGUUACUCUGCUAUCGGGACUCGGUGAGCUACACAUUGAGGUCGCUCUCGACCGGAUCCAAAGAGACAAGAGACUGCAAGCUGCCAUUCACUUACAACUGGAACCUGCGUGGUGCCAUGCAUCACCCGACUCGCCGUGCAUGAUUCUGACCGAUCCUGCCGUGACCGUCAGUGAAGAGGCUAGAUCGUUUUUGCAAGUCAGCGAGGUUGCGACGGAAGAAGAGCUGGUGCUUAAAUCCGUAGUCUUCAAGGCGCUGGUGGAAGGAUGCCGGGGCGCCCUGAAGCGGGGUCCGCUUGGCCCUUACUCGAUGGCCAAUGUCAGAUGUCACGUUGUAAAUGUUGAUGCCGAGGAGGGUCUGGCUAGUUUGAAUGCAAUGCCCGGAGCUUUGCGUGCCGCAGCAGCCCACGCAAUCUCGACACUCUUGACGGAACACAAAUCUUCUUGUACUAUUCUGGAACCAACUAUGAGCGUCGAAGUAACACUUCCAAACGAUAUGGUGGGUUCGGUUCUUUCAGACUUGACUGGUCGGAGGGGAACCGUUGGCGACGUUCUCGUAGGAGAGCAGGAAGGAUACGUACUGUCCAAGGCGCUGCUUCGCGGUGACGUUCCACUAAUUGAAAUCCUGGGGUACGCCACCCGUCUGAGAAGCCUCACGGCUGGCGAGGGUGCCUUUACCGCGGAGUACAAAGGUCAUAGCCCUGCAUCACACUAAACCUUAGAGUAGUAUUUUCAUAGAUCU